AUGGUCGUGACCCAGGUAUUCCUUCUUGUGUCAAUGGAGAACGGCACCCCUCGAGUCUUCAACCGAAAACCGAGGAAAAUCAUUAGAAGACGUUGGACGACUGGUUUCUUCCGCUUGUAUCUAAACUAUUGGAAUAGUUUUGUCGAGAACGAGAGGCCUGGUGCUUCUAUACACGAUGAGGCUUCCUUGCAACACUUUAUCUAUCUCCAAGCCAAGGGGAUAAAUGGCAUUUACGGACUAGAUGCAUGCGUAGAGACUGUCCGAAAUUAUUGGAAUAUUUUUACGGCAGCAUGGAGGCGAGGGUAUGGUGAGAUCGCCAGCGAUCUGGUUGAAAGCAUUACAAACUAUAUCUACAACGUUCUGAUGAUCAAAAUCCCUCUUGCUAAGGAAAAGCGACCACGUAGAUAUGCCAACGCAAGCCAUCUCCUUGACUAUGGGAUGCAGACCUGUCAGAGAGAUCACUAUCAAGGCAUCAAACCUGGAACAAGAGUUAGUGAUUGGGCCUUGCUGAAAUCGAACAUCUUUACUAUCUCGCGCAUUGGCGAGUACGUUGAAUCUACCGCCCGGACGGGUACUGGUCGAGGCUUGAAGUACAAAGACGUAAUGCUUAUAUGCUUUUGGAAUGAAGACCGGCAGCCGGAGCUUGCUAUUCGACAUACUAAAGAUGCGAAGAACAUAACAGAUGCUCUCGAUAGUAGAAGGCCCAAAAACUCUUUAGCAGAAGGCCGUAAACCUGACCUACUCUGCUUUAACCCUCUUCUUGAGCAUUUGGCCAACCUGCUUAAUAUUCAGGCAUUCCUUAACCUAAAUCACAACACAAUAGAAGAUAAACACUACUCGGAGUCUGAAAGAAUGGGGGCUGCAGCGCACUUGAAUCCAAGGACAUACACCAACAACUACCGGCCACGUGAAAGCGGUGUAGACGGUCAAGCAACUUUUCUUAGGAAAGAGAGGCGAGACAUAGUGAGCGAAGCAUUCCUCGAAAUAAGCAUACCGUACAAUCCAUGUCUCUCCCAGCGGCUUCCCGCAAAGGAGAUGUACAAGCUUCAAACGAGUCAGGAAUAUCGUCAGCUUGAAGCAGACAUUGUGUUCAGUGAGGACAAGGGGGAUAAGAAGGAGCUGGAGAAGGCGAUGCAAAAGAAGCGCAACUUAAAAGACGACACUCUUAAAAGGUGGCAGAAAACCCAGCCCUACAGCAAUAUGCCAGAGUAUCAUCAUACUAUCUUCGAUCGAUGCCGGUUUAUGAUGCCGGAGCGCGAUCGUCUUGCGACGAAUCUUUUCGAGGAAACCACAUUACGGAGUGAGUUAGGUAUUUCAGUCUUACGAGACAUGAUGUCGCUGCUCAAGAAAACUUCGGAAGUUGAAUUCAGGCCCGGUUUAGAACCAGAAAAGUGUUCUUGCACAGAGGAUGAGUUCAAAGAAAUUGAUCGCAAAUACGACUGGAGGCACAUAUAUGACUGCUAUAAGAAGCAGCAUAGUUUUGCUGAGCUUUGCUUUCUCUGCAACUAG